AUGAUCGAAAAAAGCAGCCCCUCGAUUGCAAAGGAAGUGUUAAACACCUACCGAAUCGUGGCUUCGGAUCCUUCGCAGUUGAAACAAUUUUGGGACACGCGGGGUGGUAUAUGCCUGCGUGAGAACACUGGAAUGUGGGUUCGACGGUUUUUCCGUGAAGGCGGGAACUACUUCGGCAAGAACACAUGUAUCUCAGAAACCCCCCAACUCAGCAUAUCUGCCAACUACUCGUUGGCUGGCUGUAACUCCCGAAGCUCGAUGGCAUUGCCCCCAUCCCCUAUCCUCCCCAUCCUCCCCGUCCUCCUCCCCAUCCUCCUCCCCAUCCUCCUCCCCAUCUCCCUCCCUAUCCUCCUCCCCAUCUCCCUCCCUAUCCUCCUCCCCAUCCCAAUCCCCCCCAGUUCUCCCCCCAGUCUCCCCCCCAUCCUCCACCACCACCUCCCCCCUCCCCCUCCACCACUUCCAUGCCCGCCACCCCAUAUCUACCGCAGAAAGGAAGCUGAUCAAAGUACCGAAAACAACAGAGAAGAGGCUUAG